AUGCCAAACUCUGAAGAUUUGUCACACGCAUACACCUUUCCUCUCUCACACAAACACAAACACGAACACAAAUGUGCUAGCGUGUUUAUGGUCAGCGUUCAGUUCACUGGGACGGUUACUUUUUACCAGAUCGGUUCUGCUUCAACUAGACAUUUUGAAGCUGAGAACAGUCGUCGUCAGCAUGUACGGCCAAAAAGGCCAUAUUUUCAUGGAGCCACAACCAUUUCGACCUUUGGCGAGUCCGUCAAAGUGGAGGUGAAGAGAAUACUUGAUUUUGGCAAAAAAAACUCACAUGGUUGUGUAUUAUUCAAAGUCUUUCUCAUCUCAUCCGAAGCCAAACUCGUGAUGGAGACCAGUCGGAUGUGUUCACAUUCCUAA